AAGUUAUUUUGAUUUCACCUUCUGUCACUUCACUUGGAGUUGUGCAGGCUGACUAUUACCGUUAAGCAGUCUCUCUUUGUCAAACAGCCAUUUGCAAAUUCAAAGAGCUGUACUGAGCACCCCCAACAUUACAAUCUUCCUUUCCUUUGUCUUUGAUCACAGCUUAUUGCAGAUAUCUCAUAAUAAUUUACAAGAAAAAGAAUGGCACGUGAUAAGAAUCUUAGAUGUGUUCACUGUGGGUUUCCAGUAAAAUUAUUAUAUAUUCAAUAUUCACCUGGGAAUAUUCGUCUAAUGAAAUGUGAAAAAUGCAAACAAGUUGCAGAUGAGUACAUUGAAUGCGAAAACAUGAUUCUCGUAAUUGAUUUAAUCUUGCAUAAGGAAAAGGUCUACAGGCAUUUGUUUUAUAAUAUGUUUACUAGAGAAACGCUGAACUUUGAGGUUUGGCUGUGGAAACUAGCUUUUGGCUUUCUUGUAUUGGAUACUUACAAAACACUUGUUCUUAGUAGAAUUGAAGAUGGUCUGAAAUCAUCCACGAGCUUUGCAUCACUAGUUUCGUGCUAUGGGAAGCUGUUGAUGGAUGUUGUUUUCGGGAACCUAAUGUUUCUCAUGAUGUUGUUUCUCGGGAUAAGAGUUUUGGCGAAGGCAUCAGUUGGAAGUACAACCUUCAAAGAUACAGUGCUUGCAAUCCUAGUUUCCAGUUACUUCAAGAUCUUUCUCAUCGCCACAAUGAUAUGGGAAUUUCCUUCUUCCGUGCUUUACAUCAAUGACAUAGUUGUGCUGUCAUCAAAUACUGUGGCUUUAAAAGUGAUCACGGAGUCAUCAAUGCCCAAGUGCUUAGCAGUCUGCUUCAGUGCAUAUGCAGUAAAGUUCUUGACAAUGGAGAUGUUGAAUGGCGGCUUAUUAAUUUUUGGCGGCAUUGACUGGGCUUAAGAGAAGUUCGUACCUAUACAAUUAUGGUAAAGUAAUUAUUAGUAUUGAUGUAUUGUGAAUUUAGAAUUUGUGAUAUAUGAUCAAAUACUUAUCUCAUUGACAUUCCAUCAAAAAGUUGUCAUUGAAGCAGAUGCUUAUGGUUCAACAGAUAUGACUUUUUUUUAAAUAAGUUUUGACUGUUUGUUUUGAAUA